GUAACGAACCAGAUCGAUCGCCACCUCGACGCUGUCUCAAUUUGCAUCCUCCACAUUAUCCUCCUCCUCCUCCGCCUCGGCCUCCUCGUCUCUCUCUCUUUCGACGAGUCGCGCGAAUUGAAGAGGGAACGCUGACCAUGUAUUGAACCCAGGAUUCAUACGAAUCCACGCGCGUCCUCUCUGCCCCGGUCGCGACCGUCCUCUAAUGCUAUAGAGCCUCUCGUAUGAUCCUGAAACACAUCGAUUGUCUAGCCAAGAGGAUGGAACAGUAAACUACCGUGAUGGAGAGCAACAGAGACGGAGACUACGUGAGAUUAGAGGACGGGGAGGAUGUCGACAGCAGCGCAAGGAGCGUGGCGCUGCCGGAAGUCCCUACAAGCAGCGAAACAUGGCGGUGUUGGGGGGUCAAGGAGAUUGGGCUGUGCAUCUUGGCAGGUGUCGCGGCGGUGAUUAUCAUCAAUUGGCUCGGCCCACCAUUCAUGAACAAGGUGGUUAUCCCAGCUAUCGAUUGGGUGACACAAACCUUCGACCCUCCGACUCUGGCAUUCCUGAUUUUCGCCUCGACCGCUCUAUUCCCUGCCUUGAUGGUGCCGUCUACGCCUUCCAUAUGGAUCGCCGGGAUGUCCUUCGGUUACGUGACUGGGUUCGCUCUAGUAAUGGCCGGAGUCACAAUCGGUGUAACCCUGCCUUAUUUCAUCGGUUUGCCCUUCCGGCAUAAGAUUCAGAGAUGGUUGGGGAGAUACCCGAAGCAAGCAUCCAUGGUAAGACUCGCCGGCGAAGGGAGCUGGUUUCAUCAGUUCCAAGCGGUCGUGUUGAUCAGAAUUUCUCCAUUCCCGUAUAUGCUGUUCAAUUACACUAUCGUCGCUGCAGAUGUUAAAUACAGUCCGUAUCUGCUGGGCUCGUUGGUCGGAAUGGUGCCUGAAGUCCUUCUUACUCUCUACGGUGGGAAGUUGAUUCGCCAAUUGGCAGAUGCGGCGGAUCAUCACAAGGGCCUUUCGAAGCCGCAUAUAGCUCUUAAUCUGGUCGGGUUCGGCGUGGGCGUGAUCGCAACCGUGACGAGCGGCAUAUAUGCCAAAUGGCGGCUCGAGGAGCGGCGGAGGAAAGAGGAGCGGACGCUGGGUUGACUCGGGAAAUGCGUGAACGGACAUGGACAUGGGGCGCUCCUCCGAAGAGUUUCGGCUCGGAAUUUCGAAAGGAAGUAAAAGAUGCAGAUUUCGAAAGAAAGAACACUGAACUUGCGCCUCACUGUUUGUACCACUAAUGGUUUCUGUCAUUAGGCUGUGAAAUCGUCGAAGUUCUCUAAUCUAAGCAUUUCGAUUCAUUAGUUUUCAGCUA